UUAGCAUUGGAUCCCAGUCUCCUACUGUUCUCUGCUUAAAAUCUUGGGUCUUCUUUGUUUUAUUUUAUUUUUACAUGCAUUCGCAUGUAAAAGAUUACCCUUUUGCUAAGUUAAUUACUUCAUCUAUUUCUCUCAUGGAAUUAUGAUGUCUGGAUGACAGAUUUCAACAGCUAAAGGUUGAAAGUUGAAAACUUCAACAGGAAAGAGUAAUAUUUUCCCCAUUUUUUUUAAUGGCGUUGCUAUUGUUUAUUACGGCGGCGGACAAAAAGUGUUUGACGUUUUUGCUUGUGUUGUUUUGAAACAGAGCCGAACAAGGUGUUGGCUUUGUCGGCUUUGGAUGAUCAUGUCAAAACUGGGUAGAAACCCCAAGAGAAUGUAAGCAUAACCUGAACAUGCCUCAAGACAGUUUAAGGUCAAUUGUUUAUAGAUCAUUUGUUACAUGUGAUGAUCCGAAGGGGGUUGUAGAGUGCAGAAGAAUUAGAAGGUCCGAAGCCGGGUCCGAGACAACGAUGGAGCGUAAGAACCGAUCGAACGUGAAGGAUCAACUCUUGGAGGUUUCAAGAAGAGCUCACGAGCUGAAUCAUGUCACUGACUCAUUCUCCAAAGGGCUUUGGUGCGAUGGGAAUUCGAAAGAUGCAGCGAAAGAUUUGUUCAAAGGGGCUCUUGAUUUGCAGAACUCUCUUCAUGUGCUUGGAAGAUUGCAAGAAGCUUCUCAUUAUAUGGCUAAGUUGAGGAAGAAAGAAAAGGAGAAAUGGGAUGGGAUGAGACUGAGAAAUGAACAAGUGAUUCGGAGAGAGGAUUCGAGUCCGGUUGGAGAGCGGAGUUAUUGCAAGGAAAGCCGAAAUCUGCACCUUUCUGCUGAUGGUUUUUCAAGAGAUUGCAUUGAGGAGCUUAGGGAAGUGAUUAGAGACAGCUUAGCUAGGCAAAAUCUAUUGCCAAACAUAAACGUCGAAGAAAAGAGAUGUUUCGGUGGGAGAUUUGACUCCGCUUCAGAUAUCCGGUCGACAAGCUCAAGCCGAUCUUCAACUCUCCGAACCGACAACUUUACUUCCAUGGAUUCGUCUAUCUCGUUGUCAGCUCAAGAGAAGAAGGGAAGAGGCCCCAGUUUGGUUGCAAAACUUAUGGGAUUAGAAGAAUUGCCUUCAAAACCAUUGCGGACGAAUUCCCAGGAAGUGCUGGAGAGUAAGAAGAUUUUCGUUCGACCGAAACAUAUCUUCGAAAUUAGUAGGCCAAAAGUAAGGAAGUCUGAAUACGUUUUCCGGGAGAAAGUCCGAGAGAGUAGGACAAUGAAGGACAUACUUGAGAUCAUGCAUUUUAAAGGACUAUUGAAAAGCAACUUCAUCAAGGAGAUCAACAAUGAUUCCCAUCAGUGGAGUGACUUCGUUUCGGAACAGAAGUUGAUCAACAAUUUCCCUCCAAUCGUACUCAUAAAACCUCGACUUAACCCAUGCUUGCAACCACAAGAUAAAUCUGUGCCAUUGUUUAAGGAGAAGGAAAGCUUAAAGACAGAAACUAUGCUCGAAAAAGAGCCUCCUUCAACCAGGAGACUUAGCUCGAAUCAAGAGGCUCCAAUCAAGAGACUUAGCUCGAGGGAAGGUUUUAAAGAAAACAAAGAGAAAGAGGCCUUAAAGAAGCAUCCUACGAAGAUGAAAACUUCGGGGUCUCGAACCAUGCCAUUGCUGAAAAAAGAGGCCACUCACAAGAAAAUCAAAAGGAUACCGAAACCUGUGAUAAGCCGCACGAAACCAGUUAACAAGGAGGUUGCCAAAGCAAAGAACUCUUCGAGGUCUAAAGAUGAAACCAAGGUUAACCCUCCAAAGUCCUGUAAACUUGAAAAUGGAUCAAAUAUUACAAAAUAUAAAAUGCCUAAUCAACGAAUCUAUACUGCAAACUCCAACUCUAGUCUCAGACCGAAAACUAUAGCUCGUGCUACCAAAGACCGGCGAAGGAUUCCAACUAGAGAGGAGAAACCAGUUAGCAAGGCUACAACAACAGCUAAAUUAACUACUGAGAAAUUAGAAUACGAAGGAGAUGAUAUUCUUUGGGAUGGGAAGAAUAUUGAUGUUGUAUCUGAAAACAGUACAGUUUCGGAAGAAAAGAUGGUUGCUCUUACAUUGGAAGAAGAUAGCAACGAAACUGCAGAUCGGCUUCCUACGAAGGAGGAAACAGAACACACUGAUGUUCUAAGCAGAGAACAACAUGAUAAUAGUGAUAGUUCUGUUUGUGAUGUUAGCCUGGUGACUACUGAUGAUCAAAAGAACCAAAACUCUAUCGGAGACAUCGAUGAUGACCCCAUCAUACCAAUUGGAACCGACGGUGAAAGUUUCAUGAGAGGGACCAGACUGAAAGCUUUGCUGUUGAGCAAUCCAGCUUUUCUCAACCAUGUUGAGGAGCAUUUUUAUCUCCAUGUGAAUCUUCUUAUACCUUCACAAGAACUCGGCGUCAACGACUUCACGGAUGGCAAUGCGCAACUCUCCUUGGAUUGUGUGAACGAAAUCAUUCGACAAAGAAGCUUUCCCAAAUCUCAAAUGCUCCCCUCUCCACUUCUAUCCAUGGUCGGAAAUGUCAAAAGUCAUAUCUCUCUAGAUCAUUUGUUGAAGGAAAUUUGUGAUGGCAUCGAGUCUCUGAGAAGCUAUAGUGAACUUGCCAGUGAAAACUAUCCAACCGGCAGUCUUUACUCAAUGCUGGAAAGAGAUUUAAAGCUCAAAGAAGUUUCAAGUGGAAUAUGGGACUUGGGUUGGAGAAACGGAUUCUCUGUGAACGAAACAAUGCAAGUAGUGGUCGAUAUCGAGAAGCAGCUGUUAACCGGAUUGAUAGAGGAGAUUUGUGCCUAACUUUCCACUUUACAGACCCUGGACCAGCAGAUGCUAAACUUCAAGUGCUCUGUGAUGCAGCAUUGUAAAUAAGCUUAGGUUGAUAUAAGGAGGCAGAGCCGGAAGUGUCGACCGUGCCUCAGAUUCAAAAUCUUCACUGGUAAUGUUGACAAUUGUAAAUUUAGAUGGCACCAAGGUGUGUCAAAUGGAUUGAAAUAUGUAAAUGGUCCAAGUUCUUUUCCA